AUGGCCAACUCCAAUCGCGACCGUCCUGGCAUUUUCAACGGGCUCAGUGUCCACCUUCCUUGGCGAGGGCGAUCCGCUGACAGCUUGCAUCGCGACUGCGACCUCCUACGCGUUCCAUCUCCCACCCCCGUCAGGAACUUUUGCUACAAAAUCAGCUCUGCGUCCUCGCCAACCCCGUUGUCGCAGCGUGACUCUGGCUACGAGUGGGACGUCAUGCAGACUGUGCGUUACGUCACGCAAGGGCCCUCCCCAGUUCCCGUACUCCAACACCACUGGAUCCACCACUGCCUCCGUGAGGGGCGCAUCCUGGACGAGGAAGAUGACUGGGGUGGGUGGCGAAUUGUAACUACCCGCGAUCCUCGUCUUGCUAGCUCCUUGGCCGCCUGUGAAACGAACGUUCGAAACGCUUAUGCCACGCGGCGCGCGAAAACCGAGUUCAGAAGUUCGACCCCCGAUCAACGUUACCUAAAGCGCCCCCGCAGUGGCUCACCCCCAUGCUUGUUCCGGCGUCUCUCUUCUCCUGCCCGUGGCAGUGUGGCAGACCGCCAGGCGAACAAGCCAGCUCCCUCCUCGGGAGCCAAUGGCUUCACGGCUUCGGUGUCACUUCGCAGACUUACGACACUGCUUCCCUCGCCGAGCAACUUCCCAACUCAAGGCCAUACUCCUCCUGCCACCCCCGCUGUUGCGACAACAUUCGAGCCCAUGGAGAGGUCUCGUUACUCGUAUAACAAGCGGUUGACUUUUGGUGCCUCCUCGAAUCGUCAUGGGCCCAUAACUUUGCCCAACAGCACCAAGCCUCUUCCAAUUUCGCCUGCUGAAUCACCCCCCGCCAAUACGCCAUCAACCGAAUUGCCUCCCAACUCCCCUCCUUCAUGGGCACGGCCUGAGCGCAAAAUCGGCGUCAAGGCCAGCAGCGGAGUUUCGCCUUAUGGCUGCGCUUAUCAACCUCCGAGUACGAAAGCCGAGCUUCGUGUGCAGCCGAGGGUCUCUACGGAUGCCACAUCUGACGACUCACUCGCCUCUGUCCCCUCCUCCGAAUUUGCCAUCAAGGUCGAGAUCCCCGAAGACAUUGUAGCUUCCUUGGGCUUCGAAGACACCAAAAGAUACGCCGACUCCCCUAAUGGACAGUCUGAAGCCCAGUUUGUCAAGUCCGAGACUCCUAUCUCGGAUGUGGACGCCGCGAGAGUAGCCCUUCAAGAGUCCAUACCCGCCAAUUUAACCGAACCUCACUCAACCCCCAUUCUGAUGCCCCUGAUACACAUCGGAUUGCCUCAGAUCUUCAAGCUCGGACCCAAUCGCAUUCAGUUUUACGUCAUUGAGGCUCCAGGGUGCCCCUUUCUGCAGGCCACCAUUCUGGCCGGCGGUGGUAGCAUCACAACGGAGCUGAGCUGGGCCACGUACAUUAUUGUCGCUCCUGGAACCAGAGCCGCAAGUAUGAGGGUCUUCGGGACAAGGAGAAGUGCGUGUGCUCGUCUCAUCCACGCGCGCUGGGUCACCAACUCUAUGGCCGCGGCCAAACUCAUUGAUCCUGCUCCUUAUGAGGUGAACGAGAACGACCGUGCCAAGCUCCUGUGCGGAGAGUGGUGA